CUGGUAACCGCUGUCCAAUCACAGGCCGCUAUAUCCUGGAAGGGGAGGGCCGUGUUCUCCCUCGGCUUUGCCCAGUCCGGAUGUUCCCCAGUAGCGAAUAACGAGCAGCAGUGUGUGAAUGUGGCAACCGAGGUAGACAGGGAGGGGUAGAUAGACUGACCAGACCAGGGCUUUUUUUGUCUUUUUUCUUUCUUUUCCUUUUCUUACAGAGCCCAGUGUUUACAGUUCAUGUGACGCCUGGGUUGUUAACUUGUUAGUAGACGUGAAAGCCCGGCUGCCGCUGCUUUUCUUUGGGACUAAUCGUUACCGUUGUGAAAACAGCCCAGAAGAAAGAAGGAAAGGGAGAAACAACAUGGGGCGAUAAUAAAAAAAAAAAAAAAGAAGGUGUUGUGUUAUGAACCGACGAUGACUCUCUGGGAGGAUCCGUGAAGCUUAUUUAUUUUUAUUUAUUCCCCCCUCUUCCCUUGCCCUUGUGUCUCUUUUUUGUUUUAUUUUGGAUUUUUUCCCUCCCUUGCUACUUUGGGAGGUUGUUUUUUUUAAAGGAAAAGGCAACGGGGUACGUUACAAGAGGACUGAAGGAUGGACCAAGCCGGCAUCCUGAGAAAGUUUAUCCAGGGGGUGAAGGCCAUGAGCGAGGGGGACGAGGAGAGGGGAGAGGACAACUUCGGCAGCGACUUUAUGCGGUUACGACGGUUAUCGACUAAAUACCGGACGGAGAAGAUCUACCCCACCAAUGUAGGAGAGAGGGAGGAGAAUGUCAAGAAGAACAGAUAUAAAGAUAUACUGCCAUUUGAUCACACUAGGGUGAAGCUGACGUUAAAAACGACCAAUCAGGACACAGAUUACGUCAAUGCUAACUUCAUCAAGGGUAUGGAUGGCCCAGAGGCCUAUAUUGCAACUCAGGGCCCGCUGCAGAACACUGUCAUCGACUUCUGGAGGAUGAACUGGGAGUACAACGUAGCUGUUAUUGUGAUGGCUUGUCGAGAGUUUGAGAUGGGAAGGAAAAAGUGUGAGCGGUAUUUCCCGCUGCUCGGGGAGGAGCCCAUGAGUUUUGGCCCUUUCAGAAUCUCCUGUGAAUCAGAGCAGGCCAGAACAGACUACUUUCUCAGGACUUUAACGGUGGAGUAUGAGAAUGAAACUCGGAGGCUAACACAGUUCCAUUAUAUGAACUGGCCGGAUCACGACGUCCCCUCGUCGUUCGACUCCAUACUGGAUAUGAUCGGACUAAUGAGAGAGUACCAAGACAACGAUGAUGUUCCUAUAUGUGUGCACUGCAGUGCAGGCUGUGGGAGGACGGGUGCUAUCUGUGCUAUCGACUACACAUGGAACCUCCUCAAAGCUGGGAAAAUUCCAGAAGAUUUUAAUGUUUUUCGGUUGAUCCAAGAGAUGAGGACGCAACGACACUCUGCUGUUCAGACUAAGGAGCAGUACGAGUUAGUUCAUCGAGCCAUCGCCCAGCUCUUUGAGAAACAACUGCAGCUACUGGAGAGCCCAACCAACACGCAGAUACACGAUGGCAUGGAUGAAAGCAGUCCAGAUAAAGCAGGCCAGCAGUCAGAUGAUGACAGAUGGGACACGCCUCCUCCAAAACCCCCACGCAUACGCAGUACUCAAGCUGAAGGUGACGUAAAGGAGGAGAUCCUCCAGCCCCCGGAGCCUCACCCCGUACCCCCCAUCCUGACCCCUUCUCCCCCCUCAGCCUUCCCCACCGUCACCAACGUACGGCAGGACAACGACCGCUACCACCCCAAACCUGUCAUACACGUCCUGGCUACCACACAGAAUAAAGACGCGGACCAGAAGCAGAACCAGUCAGAAUCCAGUGCGAACAAGCAGACCAGUCCCUCAGAGCAGAAAGACCAAGAUCUACUAAGUCGAAAACAGCAGACUCAGGUCUCAAAUCUAGAUCUCAACGACAACUACAACAACAAAUCCACAUCGACAAAAUCCGAAUCGGGCCAAAGCCAGACUCAGACUCCCUCCUCGCCGCUCUCCCCGGCUGUUGAAUGUUCUGGUGCUCCUCGGAUCGAGAGGAAGCUGAGCAUCGAGAUUAAAAAGGUGCCGUUACAGGAAGGACCGCGUAGUUUUGACACUUCCUCCUCCAUGGGAGUAGCGGGUGGAGUAGGCAGCAGUGCAGCCAACAGCGCAGCAGGGCUGCAAAGAAGCCACGCCUUCAAAGCGCGCUCCAGCCAAUCGCUGCUGACGUCUAGCUCCUCGCUAUCGGAGGACUCGGGCACGGAGGGAGGAGCGGGUGGAUGCGGGGACGGUCAUGCAGACGGAGGCGUCCUCGCCCGACCGAACCACCUCCCUGUGAAGAGCGAGAAGGUGGAGGGAGGGGAGAAAGUGGAGCUGAAGGCCGGCCACGCAGCGUGGUCUCAGGUCUGCAACAGCCCCGAAAAACAGUUCCCCAAAACCUCCUCCUCGUCUUCCUCCUCGGACCGAGUCGCUCCAUCCUCGUCCUCGUCCUCCCACCUGUCCUCCUCCUCUUCCUCCUCCUCCUCUACUCCUGUUAGGACUGCCCUGAGCUUCACCAACCCCCUGCACUCGGAUAACUCGGACGAGGAGGGGGAUGGAGAGAUGUCCGGAGGAAAGGAGGGUUAUCGUACUAAUGUAUCCACGGCGACGGCCAUGGUAACCGCAUCCCUCCACCACGGAGACCAGCAGCCGGUCCGGAAGGUGCUGCCCAUGUCGAUCGCGGGGCAGAGCUCUCCGUCACCCACUGCAAACCCUCUGGAGGUGAAAACGUCAGCCUCGGCCGAAUGGAGCGGUUCUAAUAAAGACGUGUCAGAGUGUGUUAAGAAGACGUCUCCAGCUGACCCUGCAUCUGCUGGCACCACAGCAACAGGCAGCAAGGCAGACCUUGGUGGGGUUCGGUAACCGCUGCAUUCAGCCCAAAGGCCCUCGGAAACCCCCCCUGGAGUGGACAUGAUGGGACAGUCCAUCUGCCGUCCACCAACAGUGUCCUCCCUCAUCAGGGGAUGGACUCUACCGCUCUCACCUGGCUGGUCCAAAAACCUAGUCGAUAGAUGCUACACAGACAGACAGCACAAUAUUACAUAGAAACACGUUCUGUGUAACUCUGUGCACCUCCUCCUCCUCCUCCUCCUCCUCCUCCUCCGCCUCAGUCCUUCCUUCAAAGUGCCACCUUGUGCAAAGCAGAAGAACACUUACCUGUCGAGUGGCUUGCCCACGUUUUCCUGCUCAGCUUGCUGAUGUUAGAGGUUUUCACUUCUCUAUACACUGACCUGGGAUCAGUCUGGGUAUUUUCCUGUUAAUGGUUAAAGAAUAAUUCCUGGUUUAGAUUAUAAAAAUGGUCUUGUUGGGGUGUCACGAUUUCAAUUCUAAAUCUAAAAUAGUUUCAAAUGAGCUUUCAAUUUGGAUCAUGGAAACAAAAACAGGAUCUCACUGUAAUUUUUUUCCUCUCCACACAAAAAAACACAGUGUAGCUUACUGUUAGCCUGCAGCUGGAGUCGGAGAUGAUGAUAAAAUCGAACUGGAAAAUCCUCCUGCUUCACCAUGUGAACUUUGUAAAUAAUGACUCCUUUAUUGACAUAAAAACUACACUUUGUAGGCCGUUCCACACAUACACUGCCUCAGGCGACACGACAAAUAUGGCGAAAAAUAUUCGCAGGCAUCGAAAAACAAACAUUGUACCAGGAUCCGGAAACUUUAGCUGUUGUUGUAAAGUACCCUUCCGCCAUCUAGUGGCUCUGUUAUUUACAGCGCCAUAACAGUUGACUGGAGAAAGAAGUUUAUAACAACAUAAAUAAAUAAAUACGAUUUGACCAUAUGGCCUUCAAGAAAAUAUGGCAGUUAUAUCACAAACAGACAGUUGUCAUGGCAUAAAAACAAUCAUCUGUUGAUAUUUACAAAUCAACACUCCAUAACAAUGUCAUAGCCAUCAGUGCUAAAAAAAAAAGUGUUUAAAACGAAUCAAUCAGAUGAUGGAUUUGGACGACUGCGACACCCCUACGCACAAAGCUUCGUCGAGGAAGAAGGAUGUCGGUGUGACCCUCAUGCGUAAAAUGGAAAUUUUCUUUUAAUGCCAAAUGGGGGGAAAAGUAAUUUUUUUCAUCAUAAAUCAGGAAUUAUCUUUAAUCAGUAAAUCUACUGUGGGAAGCUGAUUCCUGAGGUUUAACUGAACUCCCAGAAGCUGUCUGCUUCCUCCUACUGAAUGAACAACAAUCUUCAAAGCGAACCUAGAUAAUCUGUUACCCAUGAUGCAACCUUUUCUGUUGGGUAUGCACAGGUUGCCUCUCUGUCUCUCUCUCUCUCUCCCUCUUUCUGUGUGCUGGUGCUACAUUACGAAGGAUCAGCGUAGAAACAGAAGCACUGGAGCUGACUGUCACCCACCACGUGUGUGUUUCAGCUCUAGUACUUCAUACUUCUAUGCUGACCUCCCUGUUUAUCAGAGUCACAGACUGACGCAGUUUGGUCAUUGCAGUGGUUUGGUAGCAUCUUUUUCUCUUUCCUGCUGAGAGUUAGAGGGGAAGUUUUAUUCCGCUCUCAUGUCAGUAUGUAGAGCUGGAGCCAGACGCCGCUUAGCUUAGCUUAGCUUAGCUUAGCUUAGCAUAAAGACUAGAAACCUGUUUAAUUAAAUACAAGUCCUCCAAACCCUUCAACAACAUUGGUAGUUCAUAGAUCAAUCACCUCAUAAAAAUUAUCGGCCCCAUUUUUAAAAGUUGUGAAACAGUUCCAGUUGUUCGGGUUAGUAAAAGAUCACGGUUUGGGUGAAAAUCAGGAUAAGUUUGUUGUGUUACUUCACUUCUGGACAUAAAUAAAGGAUGUCAUUAUGCAUGUGAUGUAGGUGUGUUUGUUACGAACAGUUUGAAAAUAACUCAAUGCUGACUUUUAGUUUCACACAGGACCCAAACGGCCUCCUAGUCUAACGUUUGUCCCUGUUUUCAGUCUUCAUGCUAUGCUAAGCUAACCAGCUGCUACCUGUACCUUCAUGUCUACCGUACAGUUUUUAUUAUCAAAAAUGUUUUCUAAUUAAUAAACACAAUUAUUUACAUUUUAAUAAAAUGCAAUGGUUCAAUAUUUAAAUCAAAUUAAAGUACAAGGAGAAAACCAACCUGAAAAAAGAUGAACCAAUAAUAUGUAAAUGGCAAAAUAUUAAAUUUCUAAUUUACCCCCAAUGUAACUGUGAAAACAUGAGAGUGGUAUCAGUCUUCUCAAGGGUAUUUUCCAAAAUGCCGUACUGUUCCUUUAAAUAUCUGAUUCUGUGGCAGGGGACAUUCAUCAUCAUGUUGACAUCUUCAGAAAACAUACAAAGAUAAUGAAACCGGUGAUAUACCGUUCAAAUAUCUAAAGAUUUGUAAAAAACCAAAGAGUGAUGUUCCCUUCUCAAAUACUUACAAUACAAUAAAAUGCAAAGAUUGGUAAGAAAAGUCUGGGAAAAACAUUAAUAUUUAACAUUUUAAAUCAAGAGAAUUGAGCUUUCUCCAGCCACGACAGGGUUAAAACGACUUUAAAACACAUCAGUAAUGGCCAAACUCGUCAGCUCUGUAGCUCUGGCUCUCACUGCUGGGACCAUGAGCCUGCCUUAGUCUGCCUCUCAGAGAAGACAGCCAAUGACAGUCCUCCCUAAUUUGGCUUCUCUCUUCACUUCAUUUCUCUCUCUUUCUCUUUCUCUCUCUCUCUUUGGGACUCAAAUCUGCUGUUUACUUCUUUUUCCUUGACACUUUUCUGUUCUCACUCUGCUGCUGUUGGAUGAACGACCAUGCAAGUCUUAUUUUUUGUAUUAUUUUUUAUUAUUGAGCAGCCAGAUUACUCAUAAUAAACCUCAGUGUUUCGGAGAAGGAAUGUUACACAUUACCUGAAUGGGGCUUGACGGAUUAAUAUAAAGUCCGGUUUCUGAUAAACAGCCAUUUCUCUACAAAUCAGACUUGUGUGUUUUUUCAUCUUACAGCCACAUUUUUAAGAAAUCAUACUGUACCUGCUUCUGUAUGUGUGAGACAAUGAUGAUAGGGACCCAGGACUACUGUUUUCUCCUUACUGUUCUCUGCUAACUUCAUUAGCUACCAUAACUAUACAGUAUAUGCAUUGUUUUAUAAAGAUAAAAAACUGUACAGGGCAGUUUAGGUAUAUAAUAUUUCAGAUUUUUUUUGUUAUCUCUUAAAUAUUCUUAUUAACAGAAGAUGUAAGAAAGUCAGUGCAUGAUGAUGAUGAUGAUGAUGAUGAUGAUUCCUCCCCUACACAGUGUUUCCCUUCAAACUGUAAAUUAUUCUGCUGCCCUCUUUUUUUUUUUUUUUUUUUUUUUUGCUUCCGGCAAAUAUUUCAGGGUUGUUUUUAUUUUUUAUGUUUGCGUUAUAUGCUUAAAAAGAUUGAGAAAUUCUUUUCGUUUUAAUUGGUUGGCAGAAGGAAAAAGCUUCGACUGCCAGCCAGCCCCCUUUCAGAUAGCUACAACGGGCUUCGAAAUAAGAUUGUAAUAAUAAUAUUAAUGAUGAUGAUAAUAAUAAUAAUAA